GACACAGUUGGAGGCCACCCAAGGCGAGAGCUAGGUACCUAAUGUGCCUAACCUAGGUACCUACCUCCGCCCCCUUAGGUACCUACAGGCAGUUGUCCCAUCCCAGCCCACAGUGCCUAUAUUCGUGAUCCCCUCAAACCACCCGCACCUACCGGGUUUCGAGACCGGAAUAUCCGCCUACGCCUUAUGUAGGGCCUGGAUCGUUGCUGGCCCGCCAGUCCCUCUUCGCCGAAACCCGCCAGGUUAAGACACCAUGUCGUCAGGCAACUUCUCGCUGGCCAGUAAAGUAAAGUUGCCGAACGGCAAGCUCAUGCCGCAGAUCCAACUCGGGCUGUAUAUGAUGGCCCCCCGAGCAACCACGACCGCCGUGACGUGGGCCCUGGCCGCCGGCUAUCGGGGCUUUGAUAACGCCCAGGCGUACCUCAAGGAGAAGAGGGUCGGCCGGGCCAUCCGGGACUUCAUAUCCACCCCCCUGUAUAAUACCCAGGGCCUCGUGCGCGAGGACGUCUUCUACACCUCCAAGCUCGCCAGCAACAACACCUCGUACCAAGUCGUGCGCCGCUCCAUCAAGCGGUCCGUCGACACCUGCGGCCUCGGCUACAUCGACCUAUUCUUGCUUCACAGCCCCUACGGCGGCCGCGAUGCGCGGCUUACGAGCUGGCGCGCCGUCGAGGAUGCCAUCGACGACGGCGAGGUUAGGUCUGGCGGUGUAAGCAAUUACGGGGUCCGUCAUAUCGAGGAGUUGAUGGCGUCAAACCCGAGGAUCCUACCGGCUGUCAACCAGAUCGAAGUCCACCCUUUCAACACCCAGACGGCCAUCCGCGCUACGUGCGCCAAAUACGGAAUCGUCGUCCAGGCCUAUGCUCCUCUAGCGCGGGCCCUGCGAAUGAAGCAUCCGACUAUCGUAGAGCUAUCCAAGAGGUACUCCUGCACGCCUGCGCAACUCCUGGUCCGAUGGUCACUCCAGCAUGGACUCGUCCCGUUGCCAAAGAGUGUGAAGCGCAAACGUCUACUUGAGAACGCCAAAAUAGGCGGAUUUGAGAUUUCCGACACGGAUAUGAGGAAGAUGGAUAUGCUUGACGAAAAACUAGUCACCGAUUGGGACCCUACCGACACUCCGUGAACUGGAUAGCAAACAAAUCCCCCGACGAUAUAGAACUCUACACAAUGGGCCAAACGCAGCUUGGCUUGAUCUCCGUGACGGGGCAGAUAUCAUUGUUUGCCGGCUAUGGAUCGCCCCCAUAGCUGUGUUUAUUCCUUCUUGCAGUUCGUACAUGUAUAGAAAAUAGGAUGACCCUCGGGGAUG